GUAUAAAUACCAAAGUCAUGCUUUUUUGAUCAUGACCAAAUGAAAACCAUGCGCGUCAGUUACCCGAUUGCAGCAGUGGCGAUAUAUUUUAAAAAUGGAUUUGCACUGCAGCUGCUGCCUGCUGCGGCGGCCGGAGAGGGGACUCGCUACGCUGUACAACCACAACGGCAGGACGGAGGUGUACUCCGACAUGCUAAGAGAAUGCUUUGAUAUCAAUCUGAUCUCAACAUAUGAUAAGUACGGCAUCUGUGAGGUGUGCGUCGGCCGCUUGCGAGAUGCCAGUGAUUUUAAGCUGCAAGUGAAGUGUUGUCAGGAAAAGCUACAUCAAUGCCUGCAAAGAGAGUUCUCAGACACAGAUAAAAUAGAAGAAAUAAUACUCAAGGAUAAGCUUCAAAUAGCGUCGAUAUACGGCGGGGCACCAACGCCGGCGCCCGCUGACGCAGACAUAUGCGACUCCCAGAACCGGCCACAUAUUCCGGCGACACUGCGCAUACAUGCAACGUCUGCCAGAAAUCAUUUGACCACAAAUCAAGGCUCAAAGUUCACCGUCGAAUACACACAGGAGAAAAACCGUACUCGUGCAAUGUAUGUAAUAAAAAAUUCGCACAAAAAGGCAACUUGAACGCUCACUUCAAGUACCACAUGGGUGACUUUAAGUUCUCCUGUGACAAGUGCGAUACGCGAUUUACACAGAAAUCUCACUGGAGCAAACACAUGUUGAUACAUACCGGUGAAAAACCUCACAAAUGCAAAGUAUGUAA